GUCACGUGCGGCCAAUCCGCGAAGUCCGGCCGCCGGCCGGCCGGCCUUGUUCGAGGUUUCUCUUUACUUUUGACCGGAGGGCAUAUUUAUCUUCUUUUUAUCUGCAAUGAUUCUGAGACGUUGGAUAGUUUUUCAGUCUGCAGUACGCCUAGAAGCUGCGCGGUCGACACGUUGGCUCUCCAAAAUGGCUUCUAAGAGGGCAAAGCUUACUGACGAGGAGAGGAAGACCAGCCUUGAACCUCUGUUCACUGCUGGAUGGACGCAGGUCAAAGACCGUGAUGCUAUAUACAAGGAAUUCUUAUUUAAAAAUUUCAACCAGUCAUUUGGCUUCAUGACGCGUAUAGCGAUGCAAGCUGAAAAAAUGGAUCACCACCCAGAGUGGUUCAAUGUCUACAACAAGGUCCAGAUCACUCUCAGCACCCACGACGUUGGUGGACUCUCCAACAACGACGUUAAGCUUGCCAACUUCAUCGAAGUUGCUGCCAAAAGCGUAACUGCUUAGCACUUGUCAAGAAUCUCGUGAAUUUCACGGAGUGAAAGCACUAACUAUGCAUCCAUGAACGAUUUACUGUUCUCGCAAUAGUUGUCUCAAUAAAGAGGCAACGCACCAGUGA